ACGACGGCGACAGUCGGCGGCGGAAACGGCAUCCGGCAACACCAUCACUCUCGCGGUCCUCAGGAGCAGUCGUCUCACCGCCGCAGCGAUCCUCGGCCGUCAAUUCCGCCGCGCACGCCACCGAAAAUAGUUAUUUAUCUGUGCACAGCUAACCUGACUAUAUAUUUUAGCCGCAAAAGGUCUACAAUUAUUACAUAAUUAUCGUAUUUCGCACACGACCUCUUCGGUUAGCGGAGGCGGCGGACUUCUUUCGCAGUUGCGGCAAUCGGAUCUCGUCUGCAGGCUUCGCAUAACUGUCGAUAAUUGAGAUUAUUGCGAGCACAACAAUUAUUUAACACGAUAAUAUUAGGAGAUUCCGUAUCGUAACCGGAAGAUGAUGCACGCCAAUCGCCAGUGGCCAUUUCAGCGAUCCGGCAGCAACGGAAACGGCAUCGUCUACGGCGUCGACUAUAACCACGACGACGGCGGAGGCGCGGACGACGAUGACGACGCUGCCGAGGAGUUUGGAGAUUUCGGUGGCGAUCAGACCGCGUCCGCUAGACGGUACUUGACCGUACAGCCGAAACAGUGGUGCACGUCGUACGUGGCCGCCAAUCGACAACAUUACAUACAUUCUACGGCAGAGUCUGCGAUAAACCACAACGGUGGGAUUGGACUAGAAAACGAUGUCUACGGUGGCAGAUCAACAGCUGAUUACUUCCGUUCAAAAACAAUGCCUAGGAGGACCGGCACGGCAACCGUGAUGGACGACUACGACUACGGUAACGGUAACGACGGCGACGGGAACGCCACGGCAGUCGGCGGCGGUCACAGACAGUGGCCCACGUCGUCCGCGGACAUCGUCGAGUACGAUUCGUCGGCGGUCGCGGACACGCCAACGCCGCAGCAACAGCAACAGUUUCUACUACCUCACAACCAGCAACAGCAACACCACCAGCACCUACAGCAGACGAACGCUUUUCAGCAGAAGUCCGGCGCCGCGGUGUCCGCGCACGACCCGAACGUCCGUCGCGCUGCACAAGUCGACAGACAUUUAUCGGCCGGCAAGAGGCCCAAGUCCCCGUCCAAGUGGAAGACACACGCUCUGUACGUGUUUCUCGCUUGCCUGCUGGCCGUCGUCGUCGUCAACCUCACGCUCACGCUCUGGUUCAUCCGAGUCACGCAGUUCACGUCGGAGGGCAUAGGAUCUAUGAAGAUCACACAUGGUGGCCUCCGGCUAUCCGGCCGGACAUUGGUCACCAACCGGCUGGUGGCGUCGGCGAUACGCUCACGGGCCGGACGUCCUCUUCUCAUCGAAUCCACUGCUAACAUCACGUUGACUGCUCGAAAUUCGCAGGGACGUCUGGUGAACAGUCUCAAAUUGACUAAAGAUGGUUUGGAGUGCGCACAAGCGAACGUUUUCAGGGUGACUGAUACACGUGGCGAAACACUGUUUUCAGCCGAUCGAAGUAAGGUGAUAGUCGGCGCUCAAGAACUUCGAGUAACGGGUUCUGGUGGCGCUGUGUUUCAAGGCAGUGUCCAAACACCAGUGGUCCGUGCCGACCCUCGGCACGACUUAAGGUUAGAGUCAGCGUCCCGGAGACUCGAGCUGAGCGGUCCCCAAGGAGUGACUAUCGAGUCCAGGGCCGGUGACAUAACCGUAUCGUGUCUGAUGGACGUCAAGCUGCAGUCAAUAGCCGGAGCGAUACAAAUCGACGCAGCCAAGGUGUUUCUCAAGGGACUGAAGACGGUGAAGACUACGUCUUCAGCCAAUAUGGCAGCGGCGGCCGCGGCGAUGUCUGCAGACGGGGACGGCGGCAAGUCGACUGCACAGCAGAAUUCCAUCGGCAGCACGAAAAAAAGAGGUGCCGAGGACAAGUUGCCCAGCGUGUACCAGCUGUGCGUGUGCGGCAACGGCAAAGUGUUCAUGUCGCCACCAGACGGUCAGUGCGCGGCCGACAACGAGAGUCUGGUUUGCCGGUGAACGACCGGUACGUACCGCGGAUAUACCGUGGUCGCGGUUUCGGCCCGUCAGGCAAGUCGCCAACCGCACCUAUUACAAUAUCACCAAACGCGUAAUCGUACCUAUAUAUAUAUAUAUAUACACAUUAUAUUAUAAAUAUUAGCUACGACAUUAUACGUCAUUAUUAAGUUUUUAUUCCAAUAUAUUCUAUUGGCGCGAUUGCCGCGUUCGAUCGUACAUAAACCCUAACCAUGUUUAGUGUAGAAGAAUAUUGUUAUAGUCUCCGUCUGUUUCCAAAUAUUUUAACCAACGAUGAUGAACCGUUAUUUUCGACUCGAAAAUAAUAAUAUCAUCGUAUUGUUAUAUUACAUACGAUCUAUCUGUGUCCGCUUCGUAUAAUAUUCAUAUUAUCCAAAAUAUGUUACGCGCGCAUAAAAAGACAAAAUAAAUUCGAUUGAUUUCGAUAGUAUAAAUAUUAUAAAAAAAUAAAAAUAAAACAUUAUCUAUAGUGCCUAUAGAAGCUCGUCUGAACUGUAGUCAAGAUCUAACGUCUUCGUCGGUUAAUUGUACACAUAUUAUAUUAUAUAAUUGUCUACUAGGUAUGUAAACUUGUAUAAAAGCUAUACUAUAUAUUAUACGCUUUAUACGUAAUAGAUAUCUUUUCCUUUUCCUUAUCAUUUUUUUUUUUUUUUUUUUAUGACGACUGAAGACAUAUUUGAAACGCUUAUUAGUUCGUCAAAAGACCAAGUCCAAAAAAUUCUUAGAUAGCUUAUAAUAGGUAUAUUUCUAUGGUUAUCAUAUUAUUAUUAUAAUAGCCUGUUAUGUACACGAUUAUUUUGUAUAUCGUUAUAUAACUACAUCGACCAAAUAAUAAAAAAAUCGCGUAUACGCAGCGUACUACGUGUUUAUAUAUUGGUUAUUAUUAUUAUGAAUCAUGAUAUUAUUACAUAAAAAUAUAUCUUGUGUGUUAUUAUACUUAUUAUUAAUAAAUAAAUAAAUUAUAAUAGUUUGUUGUCAUCGUUGAACGCGAUAAAUACGUCAUAUUAUGUUUCUCAUGUGUCUGUUGUUUUAUUCCGGACGAUGAUAAUUUAUGUAUAUUGUAACUAUAAAAUAUAGAAAUAUAAUACAGCAGUCGCCGUUUGUUGGACUCACAGCUGAUCCCAAUUUACAAGUACAUAGGAAAAAAAAUCGUCUAUUGAAAUCACUACACUGGUUAAUUAUGGGACAUUAUAUAUUUUUAAGGACAAAAUACCACAUUAUUUAGACCAUUUAAUCGAUUUUAUCGCAUAUAAUUUUGAAGAUUAAUAUUAUUUCAUGAAUUCGUCAUAAACAAGAAGGGAUUCGUUUUUCAUAGUACUUUUUUUUACUUAAUUUCAAAUUAUUUACUUAUUUAAAUAAUCUAUGUAUAUAUUUUCAAAAAUGUUAUGUUUUCGAACUAACAUUUUUGAAAAAAAACAAUCUUUUUUACUUCGUGGAUGACAAAUUUUACAUAUUAAAUACAAUAUUUUAUAACUGUAUAGAUAAAUGUAAUUGUUUAAUUACGAUUUAUAAUGCAUAAUAUUUAUAUCUUUUUAUUCUUGGACCAUUCAUGUUAUUGCCUUGGUCGGUUAAUGGACUACUCUGGUCCGAAACUGAGUUCAAUAAGCGGUUACUGACGACUAGAGCGUAUUAUAUAUUAUGUGACAUAAUAUUAUUGCUGUUUCGCCGUAAAUGUAUUUUUUUUUCUAUUUCGGCCGUUGUCGUCAUAAAAUAUUUAUAUUGUAGGGCUUUUAUUUAAAUAACUAUCAUUGUAUGAUUACAUUUUAUUUACAUUAGGCACUUGAAGUUUUGCGCCACAAGUCUAUAUAAUAUAAUAUAAUAUAUUACGUAAUAUACUUGGGCAAUUUGCAAAUAUUAUUAUUAUUAUUAUUACUUUUAUUUCUAUAUUGUUAAUAUUUAAAACCACGUCAUGUGUACAUAAUAAUAAUAUUAUAUAAUGAUUAACUGAUUUGUGACGUGUCCUCGAAAUGUUAUGCCUAAUAUUAUUGUUCGCGUGGAUUGUUGACGCUCGUGCGUAUUGUUUUCCGUCGUGUAGGUAUUAAAUAUUUACAAAAUUAUAUAGCUAUUAUAUAGCUAGGUAAUAUACUUAUACGUACUAUACUUGUUUUGUGUUUUACGUGUUUAUUAUAAAACGAAAAAAUAAAUUGAUUGAGAUCAUACACUA